AUGGACCGAGAAGCUGGCUACAACUCGGACUCAGACUCGGAAUCCGGAAAUGUGGACAACAUCAUUGGACAUAAAUUCUCCCAAGCAAGACUAGAGAGCUGGACCACCAAGAAACUUUUCGACAAUCUUGUCGCCGGCCGAAUCUAUCUGGACGCCAAAUACCAACGCAGUAAGGAUGGCCACCGCCCCCUGUUCAGUAUGCACGAAACUCACGAUACUCUAGAUGUUGUUUGGAACAUAAAGAAUCAGAAAGGACUUGUUGACUCCCUUUUCCGAAACGCGCCAGUGAGCCAAAUCGUCUUCGGUGAGUCAACUAUGUUCGAUGAUUGGCUUCGGCCGCUGAUUGAUGGCAAGCAACGGCUGACGACGAUUCGGAAGUUCCUGAGCGGAGAAAUACCUUUUGAGAAUGCGCACACGGGCAAGAAAUACUGGUACAUCGUUGACAAGAGCAAGAGAACACUAGGCAGCAAGGAGGAACUACCGCAACAUAUCCGCGACGAAUUCAUCAGCAAGACUAUCUCCUGCGUGAUUUACGAUCAACUACUGCCUACAGAGGAAAACGAUAUAUUCGCGCGUCUUCAGAAUGGGGUUCCUCUAACCGUUGCCGAGAAGCUCCGCGUGCACGAAACGGACCGUGCAAAUACCGCGUUGAAGUGCCUCGAGGACCACCUUGACAGACCCGACUCGUGGCUCCACAAGGACAAGAAACGGUUCACCCUCAGACGGGGCAAAGACCGUUCAACGGCAUUUCGGUACCUCAGCACCAUCUUGUACACUUUGUCGACUCCCAGCAAGACGCUCGCGCCUAUGGCUGGUGCCAAAUCGGACAUAUGGCUCAGUGAAGAAGUUGCGGUGGAUCCCAAGGUUAAAGCAGCGAUGACCGCCGCCCUAACCAUCUACGAGGAAAUCGCUGGUACCUCCCGGGCGCUCAUGAAUCGUGUUGCGCCUGUCGAAUUCCAUGCGACAGUUGUCUUCGUGGAAAAGUACCGACAUAGUGCGACACUUGCUUCGUUGGCGGAGGGUAUUCAGGGCUUGAAGGACGAUGUGAGGGCGAAACAUCCAAAGGAAGUAAAGGCGACGCAGAAGGUAUAUACCGACAUGGAGGCAUACAUCAAGAAAUGGGCGAAGGGGCCGAAUAACAAGCUGAGGCCCGGGGAGAUCAGCGCGAUGGAACAAGUUAUGAAAGGGGCCGUCGCUGGAGACAAGUCUACUGCUGUUAGUGUCGGUAAAAAACGGAAGCGCCCAUCCGAGGAGGCUGAAGGGUCAACGCGCAAAAGGACCGCGGUUGAAAAGCGACCCAACGCUGACGCUUCCUCGUCAUCUGUCCGUGUUGCCAGAACGGAGACCAAGGUCGGGCCACCAAAGAGGAAAACUGCCGCCAAGGAAGCUGCUCCAGUAGGACAGAGAUUUUUCAACUUCCAGCCCGAAGAUCUAGCGGAGAAACAGGCUGGGGAUGCAAACCAGGCUGAGCCUGUGUCAGCGUCCCCAGCGGCCGUUGUCACGGAAAUCUCUCCUUGGCCGAUAUUCCCUCCACCCAACCGGAAAGCCUUGUCUCCGUCAACUGAUUCUGAACUUGUCAUUGCACCAUCCGCCUCUCCUCAACGAAAGAAUGUGGCGAGAAGAGGCAAAAUAAGAGUUGUGGGAGGUACAAGCCGGUCGCCUGCCCAGGCAAGCGUUGUCAAACCCGAAGAAUCGGCUGAGAAAUUCUCUGCGACUUUUUAA